ACUAUCAACAGCAUUGUCGAUCGACAGUCCGUGCAAGGUACUCCUUACUACGGUCGUACGAUAACGAUUUAGUGCGUUUAUCUGAGUCUUAGUGGUCUCGUGUUUCGCGUUACUAGAAGACAAAACCAAGCAAAAUGCAAUCCGGUCUAUUGUUAUUCGCAGUAGCCUUCGUGGCGGUCGCCAGUGGAAGUGCCGUGUACCCAGUGCAUCACGCACCGGUGACCACCCAAUACCACUCUCAAGACGAGUUGGGACAGUACGCGUACGGUUACUCCGGUGGCCCGUCGUCCAAGCACGAACAGCGCACAGCUGACGGCGUGACCAGCGGCGGUUACUCGUACGUGGAUGCCAACGGCCUGGUUCAGUCCCUGGCCUACGUGUCCGACCCGGUCAACGGUUUCCGCGUGAGCGGCACCAACCUGCCCGCCGACUCCAACACCGUCCACCACGCCGCCUUGCCGGUCGUCCGCCACGCCGAAGUUCCGGUCGUCCAUCACGCCGAAGUGCCAGUGCACCACUGGGCGCCACAUCCAGCCGAGCCGAUCGUCGUCAAGAGCCCGUCGUACCUUGUGCCCGCCGUUCACCCGCUGAUCAAGCUCGCCCAGCCGCUGACGCCCGCCAGCACGGUUAACGUGCACUACCCCGAGCACGCCGUCGUCCUAGCCGCCCGCAAGAAGCGUAGCGCUGGACUCUACUCGCACCCACUGGUUUCCGGUUACACCGCCGCCCCCGCUCCCGCGCACAUCGUCACCGUCAAGCACACCGAAUUCACCGCCCCACCAGCCCCGAUCGUCCACCACUUGGCACCUGCCCCAGCCCCGUACUACUUGGCCGCCGCCCCCGCACCGGCUCCGGUCGCCACUUCCUACACCAGCGUCGUCCGCCACCACGAACCCGCCGUAGUGCCCGCACCGGUGCUCGCUUACGCCGCCCCGGCCCCACACGUCUACGCCGCACCGGCCCCACACGUAUACGCCGCACCGGCCCCACACGUGUACGCCGCACCGGCCCCACACGUUUACGCCGCCCCGGCCGUAGCGGUCGCUCCGGCCAAGAGCCAGUUCCACUCGCAAGACGAACACGGCCAGUACACUUACGGUUACACCGACGGAUCGUCCGCCAAGACUGAGACGCGUUACGCUGACGGCGAGACCAAAGGAAGCUACUCGUACGUGGACGACCAAGGCGCAGUCCAGGCUGUCCACUAUUCCGCUGGCGCUGACGGUUUCAAAGCCGCGGGAACCAACAUUCCAGUUCACCACGUCUGAUCGAACACCGCCCGACUCCCUCGCUGAUCGAGUAAAAUUACCUACCCGCAUUGUACACUCCAUUGCAUAGUCUUUCCUUCUUUUUCUAUACGUUUAAAUGUAUAAAUAUAUAAAUAAUAAACAUUUUUUUAUAUCGA